CUUCGUAGAUGCGAGAACAGUAUAAAAUGGCGGUCUUCGCAAGAUGUAGUAGACAUGUCUUCUCUAAGCCCAGUGCUAUACGGACAAAGCACUAAUAUUCCUGAACUCUCUACGGAGCACUUGACUGUCCUUUCCAGCUACCUUUCUGGCCCUUUGCAAGAUGUGCAGCUAUACUACCGCUACAACCGUAUACAGACAAUGUCAGCGAACAAAUAAUCAAGGUCAACGCGAGCGCCAUAAAGCUGAAACACGGUUCUAUCGACGUUGCGAAAACGCAGCAAAUCGGGAUCGCUACUGCGAAAACGCUACUUUUGACGCACGCCUUGGUCAAUUUGGAGAAACUAGAAGGGGGGGUGCGUGUCCUCUGUGUCGAGAUUCGGGUGUUGAUUUUGGCCCGAUACGUUACAUACAUAAAGAUCUUCCCCGCAACUGAAAAGGUGGCAGGAAACUAAACGAGGUCACGUGAAACACCUGGCUGUAUGAUCCUAACGUGAAGGGUCGGAUAUACAAUUCUCCGCCCACCACAUCGGCUGACAUGCUUUUACGUAUAUAUAGCGGCCAGUUCCCUCCUUCAUUUUUAGUUAGUCAAUCAAUUCCUUACGCCGCUACAACCACAGAUGCUACGAGCAACGGUUAUCCAUGAGGCGGUGACGCUGUGAUUACUUAGUUUUGAGCUUGCAAAAUUUGAUUCUCUUCUAGUGUUUAUUCCCUCCAGAUCGAACGUACGUCUCGAGCAUCGAUACAUAUUCUCCUCUUGUCGUACAUACAUAAUCUCCUCGUCCAUUCAUCUACCUUUUCAUUUCUAUUUUCCCUUACAACCCUGAUAUUCUUCGUCAUGCAAUAUGGAACUCACACACGCCAAUCCCACUACGACGAAGGAUAUCAACUGGCUCAGAGAAUUUGAGACGCUUAACGAUGUUUCGGGAGACCUUGAGUCUGGCUACGUAGGAACUACCGGAGUGGUCAUAGCCUAUAAUGCCACAGAGGUUAUCAAACACUAUCACGCCGAUGAUCGCAAGGCGCGGCUACAGAGAGAAGCUGAAGCAUAUCUUCUUCUCGGAGAGCACCCAAACAUUGGAAAAUAUCUCGGACCUUAUUAUCCAAAUCAAUACUCAGACCCAAAGGAUACUCCAAGUGGAAUCGUCCUGGAACGCGGGAUUCCACUUCCGAUCGUUCUUCGGAAAGGGCUUGACAUAAGCAUGAAAUUCAGAAUCAUACGCGAUCUAUGUGACGGUCUUUGCCAUGUUCAUAGCAGCGAUAUUCUUUUCGCCGAUGUUGGUUGUCAUAACGCUAUUCUGGUAAAAGGUAUUGCUAAAUGGGUUGAUUUCGAGGGCUGCGGGAUAAGGGGUCUCGAGCCGACUGCCUUUUACAAGACGAGUUAUUGUCGAUCAAGUAUGGCGAAUGUCAGCAAAUCAACCGAUAUAUUCGCUUUUGGGUGUAUGGUGUAUCAGAUCGAGACCGGGAUCACUCCUUAUCAUAUCGAGACAGCAGGACUAGAUGACGACCAGACAGCGGCGUAUACCGAAGCAAAGUUCAGCGCAAGUGAAUUCCCAAACACUUGUGGACUUACUUUUCAGGGGGUGAUCGAUGGGUGUUGGUCAGAGCGAUUUAUAUCAAUGCAGCAAGUUGCUUUGAAACUUUCGUCAAUGUCAUUGUGAAGAGGAGAAUUUCAAGAUCGACUCUGCUAUGACAAUUGUAAGACUGUGACUAGUGCAAACAGGAUGGAACGGCAGGAAUUGCGUGGCUCCAGCCAGCUCUGGGACUGUACAAUAACGUAGACGGGUACACAAGGAACUUUUAGUCUAAAGUGCAUCAAAACCAAUCAUAUAGCCUUCUGCAAGA